GUAUCGGGGGACUCGCUGCUUCGCUCUUUAACUUUACAAAUAUAACAAUCUUCCAGCUAUGAGCUCAAGAAAACAUUCCCGCAGAGAUUCUGACGAUGAUUCCAAACGUAAACACAAAAAGUCAAAACAGAAGAACAAUGACUUGAGCGACGCAAUUAAAGACACGAUUGAACCCAUUUCAAGCGACGAUUAUUUUGAAAAAGCUACUGAAUUCCGUCUAUGGCUACGCGAAGAAAAGGAUCGGUACUUUGGUGAUCUCGAUGCAGACGAUGCGCGUCAUUAUUUUAAAAAGUUCGUCAAGGCUUGGAAUCGACACGAUCUCGAUGAAAAAUAUUAUAAAGGAAUCAACUCUGCUCAAUUAUCAUCAAGCGAGACAACUGGUUAUCGUUGGUCUUUCGCGAAACAACUGGAUCAGCAUGAAAUAGAUAGGAUCCGUGACAACGUGGAUACACUGACCAAUUCUGGAAAAGGAAAGCGGAGAAAUGUGGGUCCUGCAAUGCCAUCCUCGUCUUCUUCCUCGACACGACGAUUUGACCAAGUCGAUUUCGAGGAAAGACACGAACGAGAACGCAAUGAACGCAGAGCUGAAAGAAAAUCAGAAGUCAAACGCGUAAAAAGUAGACGAGAAGAACAUCUCGAUGAAGUGGCGCCAAAGGAGACGGGUCGAGAAGCUCAACUUGCUAAAAGGCGUGCCCAGAACGCCUAUCACAAACGGGAACGGGAUUUAGAUGUAGAGCUGGACGAUUCUGACUUAUAUGGAGGUGGUCGUGAUGAAUUUAAAGCAAAGUUGGCAGCCGAGAAGCGUCGAGAAGAAGCACGACAGCAGCGCCGUCAACAACGACAAGAAGAAAGAUAUGGUCCGAUACAAGAACGAAUGGCUCAACACAAGGCUAAAGAGAAUGCCACUAUGGAGAUGUUCAGAAAGAUGGCUGAAGACCAAAAGAAACGUGGUGGAUUAUAAAGAAGAUAAUAUGCAAUAAAAUUACACAUGCGUGAUCUUUGAUG